AGGAUGAACAACGUCAGCGUGGAUCUUCUGCUGCUGGAGGGGUUAAAGGUCAGCCCUGCGUCCUCUGUUCCUGCCUUCGUCCUGCUCCUCCUCAUCUACGUCUUCAUCAUGGUGUCUAACGUGGGCCUGGUGCUGCUGAUCUCCACGGAGCGGAGCCUCCACCAGCCCAUGUACCUGCUCUUCUGCAACAUGAGCAUCAACGACGCGUUCGGAGCCACCGUGGUCGUCCCUCGCCUGCUGAGCGACGUCUUCACUCCCAUGACUCAGCGCUACAUCCGGUACUAUGAGUGCGUUCUUCAGGCCUUCUGCGCUCACUUUCAUGCAGGCACCUCCCACACGGUGCUGAUCAUCAUGGCCUUCGACCGCUACGUGGCCAUCUGCAACCCCCUGCGUUACGCCGCCAUCAUGACCAACCGGAUGGUGGUGACGCUGUCUGUGGCGGCGUGGGCAGCAGCCUUCUGUCUGAUUGCGAUCCUCGUGGGCCUCAGCGUCCGACUGUCGCGCUGCAGGCGAAUGAUAAACAACCCGUUCUGUGACAACGCCUCCUUGUUCAAACUGUCCUGUGAGAACGUUUUCAUCAACCACAUCUACGGCCUCGGCAGCGCCAUGGCCACGAUGGCGUGCUCCCUCGGCAGCGUCACGCUCACCUACCUGAGGAUCGCCAUGGUGUGUCUGAGCAGCAGGAACAAGGUGCUGAACGGCCGGGCGCUGCAGACCUGCGCCACCCACCUCGCCGUCUACAUCAUCAUGUUUGUGUCCGGCGCCAUCAUCAUCGUCCUCCAUCGUUUCCCCGACCUGUCCGACCACAGGAAGCUGGCCUCCAUCAUGUUCCACGUGGUUCCUCCCGCCAUGAACGCCGUCAUCUACGGACUGCAGAUCAAAACGGUCCGAGAGAAAAUCAGCAUCCUGUUCACAAAGAAAAACCACAGACCUCAAUGUUAA